AUGAGUACAACCACAGAAAUUCACUUUGAAGAAGAAUCCGCUUCAAAUAACAACAACAAUAAUAACGGUUCACCAUCAAAUGAACCAUCAAACGAUAACAAUAAUUCUAACAAUGAUUCCAAACAAUCAAAUGAUCGUAGGGAUGAGCGUGAUGUAAGAGAUCGUAGAGGUACAAGUAGAACAUUAUUUGUUGGAAAUAUUCCUUAUGAAACAUCAGAGGAACAAAUUCGUGAAAUCUUUGAUAAAUUUGGUCCAAUUAUCAGAGUAGCAAUGUGUUCUAUGGAUAAAAAGAAGAAAGAAAGUGGAUAUGCUUAUUGUUUUGUUGAAUACGAAAUUUUAAGAGAUUCCGAAGAUGCUUUUGAAAAGUUAAAAGAUUAUAAAAUUGGAGAAAGAACAAUCAAGUUAGAUUAUGACUAUGGAAGAAAACAAAGAAGAGGAGGAUCUUCUAGAGGAGGAGACAAUAGAAGAAGAUCACCACCUCCACGUAGAUACAGAUCACCACCUCGAAGAUAUAGUAGAUAUGAUGAUGACGAUUAUGAUAGAAGAGAUGAUUAUGAUAGAUACGAUAGAAGAGAUGAUAGAAGGGAUGAUUAUCGUAGAGAUGAUAGAAGAGAUUCAUAUGAUAGAUAUGAUGAUAGAAGAGAUGACAGAGAUGAUUAUCGUAGAGACGAUAGAAGAGGAGGAGAUAGUGGAAGAGAAAGAAGACCACCAAAACAUGUUGGAAGAAGAUAUGAACCUUAUGGAAAUUCUGAUAGAUCACCAAAUUAUUCACCUAGAAGAUAA